UGGCGUCUUUGCGCGUCCGUAAUAUACCCGUGCAUACGGCAAUUAUCACACUUCCUUAAAGCCAGAGUAGUCAUGGCAGAACCCAUACAGGACGUAUAAGUAGUACCCGAUAAAAACAACGAAAAGAAGUGUUUCAUCUGAAAUGGAAAUUUGCAGACUUUGAGUUAUGAGUGAAAACGAGGGGCAGAGAAAGGGGAAAACGAGUUUAAAACACUCUCCCCAGUAUCAAUCGUUGUUAUCAUACUCGCGCCAGACCUUUCGCUCGAAGAGCCGCGCGUUCGCGUAUUGGUACGACCAACUUAAAACUUCGAGAGUUGGUUAUUUAAACGAAGUCUAACUUAGAGCGCGGUUUGAGAAAUCUUUGGACCUUCAGAUCUCUUCCUUACAGGGUUAAUUUAAGAAGAUAACUGCUUUUCUAGUGUAAAACAUAUGCUUUGAUGAAACUGUUUACGACAAAUGGUGUUUAGAUAAAAGCGUUGGGCAAACUGAAAAUGACUUAGAACGCGGUUUUUUUAAACACUGGUUAAACGCCGUUUAAAUAACCGGCCCAGAGUGUUUUGUGGUCUAGACAUUCAUUGAUACCAAUGGAGGCCCCAUUGACCGUAUUGAUUAUAUAUCGCAUAAAGAAAAAAGCUUAGAUAAUGCAGAAAAAAAAAUCACUUAAGGGGUUUGUUGAAUUUGAUUUCUACACUGUUAUUAUGUAUUGUUCGGUGCCCAAAUGACAAGUACGUACAUGUAACAGAAAGAUUGAGCACUGCCCCUCAGCGCCCGCCUUCUUUUCUGCGCUUCUCGUACACCUUUUCUGACUUGGUUUUUAAACAUAAUAUUUGGCAUAACUUUCAUCUAUUUUCCGAGCGCUGUUAGCAUAAUUUGCACUUUUGGCUAGUUUUGCAGCACAAAAUUAUCGUUUAUUGAUCAUGCAACAAAUUUUUUUUGGCCCGUGAUCAGUGCUAGAGGCAAAUCUAAGCAAAAAAAUCAAUUUUUUGUCUGCUUAUUGUCACAUCAUGAGACCUGGGUCCCACGGGAAGAGACCCAGGAAUUUUCCCAGGACUCUUUCCGCAGGACACAACGCAUGCGCAUAACUAGCUCGGUUACCGAAAAUGGCGUCCGCGUGCAGGUUAUUAAUUGUUUCAGCGACUUUUAAUAGUUGUCAUGCAAUGAAUUAUGCCCUCUUAAAGUUUCUAGAUGUUAAUAGGGUAAAUUGCCAUUUACUUGUUUGUGACAUAGUUAUUGAGGUGUGUUUACCAAAUUUAAAGUAAAAAGUAGAAGCAUAAUUUCUGAUUUUUUUGAUAAAAUGAGCAUAAUUUACAAAAACUAACAUAAUUAUUGGCAUAAUUUUAGAAAUAUACGAGCACUGCUAGUAACAUAUUAAGCUACUUUUGCGAGCAAAAUCUAUCAAAGCCUAUUUCUGAUGUUUCGGUGAUAUUUCCUAUGUUUCCCAUUUCCAAAGAAACUAAAGGAGCUAUUUCAUAACUGUAUGUACGUGUAAAUAAACAUCAGGUGUGGUUACAGGGGACACUCAGUUUACCGUGGUAAAUGACCCUUUUACCGUGGGAAAUUGGUGUAGUGCGUGUGACCGCACUAUCCCGAGAUAAAUUUACCAUGGGAAAUGUCCAAGGAUACGUCAAAAAGAAGAAAGAAACCGCCCAUGACAUUUACCGUGGUAAAUAGCUGGGGUGUUUCGAUACCCAAGGCACAAGAACUAAUCAGGAUCCUUCAUUAGACACCAACAUGAAACUGCAAUAAACUGCAACUGCGUGCGUUUGGCUGUAGCUUAUGACACCAAGAAAGUAGGAGUUAAAACAUUGACAAAAUAAACGUUGUUUCUGGAAGAAAAAAAAACAAUUCGAUGACGGAGGCGGCUUAAACAUGUCCAAGGAAAACAAAAACUCAAUGGGUGCGUUCGAUGGGAAAUCUGGAUUUAGGUUUUAAAAUCCGGAUUUCAGAUUUGCAAUCCAACGCAAAAUCCGAAAACGGGUUUCAAAGCUAAGAUGACUCUUCUUGGAUUUCCUUUCUUUCCGUUUUCUUGGGAAAUCCCAAAAAGGAUUUGAAAAACUGUCCUUAAGAACAGCGGUCUGGCACGCGCACGCGCACGCAUAAUUAGCAAAAAGAAGAUAAAAGACAUUCACCGCCUUACACAAGGACGGAAUUGACGAUUUUCACGAACACCUUAACAGACAGAACGCGGACAUACAGUUCACCAAGGAGAUCGAAGAAAAUGGUAAGAAACCUUUUCUAGACUGCUUGGUCACUCGCGACAACAACAAACUAAAAACGACUAUUUACAGAAAACCGACACAUACCGACCGAUUACUGGACCAGUCUUCGUACAACCCGACCUCUCACAAGGCUACUACUAUCCGGACUUUGACGAGACGAGCGCAACUAGUUUGCGACUCACCUGACAGCCUACAAGACGAGACUGAUUAUCUUAACAACGUUUUCAGUAAGAACAAUUACGACACGGACUUUGUUACACGGAACACUCACAGUAACACUG